AAGACGUAUUCAUGCAUAAACUCACAUCCCACAUGGAUUUCUGACUCGUGUUUACGUGUUUGUUGUGAUCAAGUGUGACUCAGUUAAAACUGGAUUCGCUUAUGAUCUAUUAUGUCGUCUUUUUUUUGUAUUUGACUGCGGAACUUCAAGAAUGUGAAAGCGUCGAAUUUUCAUGGAUUUAUAAUCAGAAAGGACAGAUAAUAGCGAUUGCUUGAUGUAUUCAAGAGCUUUCUAAAAUUUGCUUUGGUGAGUCUUCAAAAAGCAAAUUGUUAUGAACUCUUAAAAAAGCAGGUGCUUUGAGUCAAAUUGAAGACAAUUAUCAAACUACAUUGUGUCCUCGCUGUUGCAAGUGAACUCAUCCCUUGACGUUUUCUAAAGAAAUGAAGUUUAUUAUCAGCAUGACUUGCAUUAGUAUAGACCUAUCCAAAUAGGCUCCAUGUACUACUACCGAAUCCUCUUUAGUUGCAUUACCGUUUUCGCCGUUUUAACAACUUUAUUCAUUUCCUUGUACACCACCAAAACUUUACGUAAACCACCUCGGAAGCGUCUUACUCGACCACUAGAGCAGGUCUCUAAUGAAAGCCGUGUCAUUCUGUUUUACACGCCUUGGUUCGGCAACCUUCCAUGGCCGGGGAUCAAUGACAAUCCUGUAGGACUGACAGACACGAGUGGAAGGUCGUGCGGUGUGUCUUCGUGUAGGAUCUCAACCCACAGAGAGGACUUUCACCGCAGCCAUGCUGUCGUAUUUCACGGUGUUUCCAUGCGCGACGAGCUACACGAGAUCACAGGUGCACUUUACCGCGCUAAGCCUGCACGACAGAAGUGGGUCUGGUACGAGCACGAGAACCCGGCAAAAGUCGCUUUAUCAUAUGAUGUGAACGCUCUUAAUAGUAGAAUUGAUAUCACCGCAACAUACAGGCCGUCUUCAGAUAUCUUUAUACCAUACGGUAGCUUCCGAAGACGGGAAGAAAAAGGAAGGAAAGAGCCUUCCAGAAAUUACGCGGAAGGCAAGGACAAACUAGUGUUUUGGACCGUUAGUAACUGCAAGCCGAAAUUACGCAUAAAGCUAGUCCGAAGACUUGCUAAGUUUGUCCGAGUUGACGUUUUCGGGCAAUGCUCCAGUUCAUUUUAUUGGUUCAAGCGUAACUGCACCCGAUGGUCGACCGCUUGUGAUUCGAUUAGGCGUCGGUACAAAUUCGCCAUUGCGUUGGAGAACCACAACUGUAUGGACUACUUGACAGAGAAGUACUGGGGCAUAGUAAGCGAAGCCAAUAUGGUUCCAAUAUUAGUGGCAGGCUCUUAUACUAAAAGAUACCUCAUAGCGGGUUCCUAUAUCAACCUGCUGGAUUUCCCGAGCGCUACGGCUCUUGGUGAUUACUUGUUGUACCUCGAUGGUAACGAUACUGCUUAUUCACAGUACUUUUCUUGGAAAGAGAUUUACGAAGUCGACCUUUGGUCUGGUUCGUGGAUUUGCAAAUUAUGUGAGAUAAUCCAUGCGAAUGUGAGCAAGCCGCCUUUGCAAGAUUUUAGCGCGUUCUGGGGGACUAGGGAAAACUGCUACGCUGAUGACGACUACCUCUACUACAAGUGGCUCCUAUCACGAGCGCCCGCACGCGGAAUGAUCAGCGGGAUAAGUGUUUUUGUCAUGGCGAUAUUUGCAUAUUGGGAAGUCACGUGACACUGAUUAUAAAGUGCUCUUAAGCCGCAUUAUCACCAGUUUACUCUUAUAAUAAUAAUAAUAAUAAUAAUAAUAAUAAUAAUAAUAAUAAUAAUAAUAAUAAUAAUAAUAAUAAUAAUAAUAAUAAUAAUAAUAAUAAUAAUAAUAAUAAUAAUAAUACAGCAUUAUAAAAAUCUCAAUGCUUUACAAACAUCCUACUCUAUUCUUAAUACUAAUACUUAUGAUAAUAUUUCUAAUGCUUAAAAACUAAUCAAUUGUUGUAGUGCCUACAAAAUAAGUACGUCUUUAAAGACGAUUUAAAUUUGCUGAGACAGUCGGUGUUUCUAAUGUGUAGGGGGAGGGAGUUCCAUAAUUUAGCUGCAAAGUUUGAAAAAGAUCUGUCCCCGUAAGUUUUUGUUCGUGAUUUAGGAAUGACGAGAAGGUUCUUGUUAGCGGAUCUAAGGGAUAGAGAUGGCGUAUACGGUGUUAAGAGUUCAGUGAUAUAUUCAGGAGCCUGGUUGUGGAGAGCUUUAUGUGUGAUUGUAAGAAUUUUAAAGUCUAUUCUAGAAGCAACAGGUAGCCAGUGAAGUUCCUUAAGAAUGGAUGUAAUGGCGUCCCUCUUCUUAGCACCAACGAUUAGUCUUGCGGCAGAGUUCUGAACACGCUGUAGUUUGGCGAUUUCUUUUUCUUGGAGUCCAGACAGAAGACUAUUACAGGCAUCUAUAAAUCUCCAUCAACGUCGAUUUCAGGAAUUAUGUUGGUUGACGUGAAUCGAGAUGAGAUAUGUACAAUUUCCGUUUUAUCGAGGUUACAAGCGAGGCCAUUUGACGUACACCAGAUGAGGAUAUCCUUGACACAGACUUCAAGCCUUGAUAGAACUGAAGACCGAUCUUCAGACGGGCAAAUGGACACAUAACUGCAUGUCAUCAGCAUACAUCAUCGCACCAAGACCAUGUGCACGAACAACAUCUUCGAUAGGCGC